CUCACUCUCUGUUCCACCCUCAGCCACACUUCCUUAGGAAGUCAACAAGGAAGCAUCCCGACAAAUAUCUGAAGAAAAUGGCCUGUGUAGCAGGAAUCAGUUGGGAGGAAUGUGAUAUGUCAGGAAAGAAACUGAAGUCCCUUCCUCAGGAUCUUCUAAUACAUGCUCGUAGUUUGGAUUUGCAGAGGAACAAACUGAAACGGGUCAUUGGCAUCUCCAGAUUCAGCCAUCUGAUAGAGCUUAAUCUCUCCAGGAACAAGAUAGUGGAGUUUUCUCCUGAAAUGCACCACUUGCAUGAACUAGAGACACUCUACAUGAACUACAACAACAUAAGAUCCAUUCCAGAGGGAAUCUUUCCACAUCUUAGGAGUUUAAAGUUCCUAAAACUCAGCGCCAAUCGCUUGUCCAGGCUUCCUUCAGAUAUAAACCAGUGCACCAGUAUCACUUACCUGGACCUUUCCAAGAACUGCCUGCAAAACAUUGAACCACUAGUUGGUCUCCCAAAAUUGAAGGGGCUUUUGGUUGAGAAGAACAAACUGACAGAGCUGCCAUCCCAGCUCUUCCAGGAUGGCAACUGCGAGCUGACCAUGUGCAAGGCCUUAGGGAACCCACUUAGGUGCCCACCAGAGGAGGUCUGUGCUGGAGGGGUCAUGGACAUCCAGAGCUACUUUCGUCAAAUGGAGGAGAAUCCGAACACACACAGUGCCUGGACAGUCAAGACCAUGUUCCUGGGCUCCUCCAUGGCUGGGAAGUCCACACUCUGCCGCAGCCUGAGGGAAGGGAAGCCUGUGGCCGUGGCAGUCGAGGACCGGACUGAGGGAAUUGAGAUCAGUCAACUCUAUGCCAAGGAAGUCCGUUUCCUUUUCUGGGACUUUGCAGGGCAGGAGGAGUACUACCUGACACACCAUGUCUUCAUCACACCACGAGCCCUUGUCAUCCUUACUAUUGAUUUAGCCAGCUACAGCAUUGUAGAGCCACAUUCAUUCAAAGACCAACUGUGGUUCUGGAUAAACAACAUACAGUUGCGUGUGCCAGACUCAGUGGUCCUGUUGGUGGGAACACACUGUGACCAGUGCAGAGACCAGGAGGAAGUGAUGGAGAAGAAGAGAGACAUAGAGGAGAAGGUCAAAACCAUGUUGGCAAAUAGGAGAAUGGUUUUAAAGCAACAGAAAAAGAAUCUGGAAGAAAACACAGACCUCUCUCUCUUUACAGACCAGCUGGAUGAGCUGGAUUGUCUCUUGGAAUACAAUUUGAAGGUUCUGGAUCUUGUAACCAUUGACUCCACAAGGACUGAGGAUAUAGCAAAAUUGAAAAGUCAUAUUUUGAUGUGCAUUCAAUCAGAGAAUGAGCUUCUGUGCUCUGAGAGCAUCUUACCAAAGAGUUAUGAAGCGGUGGAGCAAGCCAUUCAUACACUUGUUGCACUACAAGAAAUUCCCCAACAUGGUAUUAUUCUACUUGAAGAACUGAGUGAUUUAAUUCUAAACCAUGUUAACCUGAGCAGAGAGAGUCUCCACUCCAUCUUACGAUUCCUCUUGCGAUAUCUGCAUCGGAUUGGGGUGAUCAUUUGGUAUGAAGAUAUUAGUAUACUCAGUGACAGAGUGUUUAUCCAGCCUUCAUUCCUCAUCUCAAUGUUCAAGACCAUUGUGAGACAUGACCUGGUGAAGCAGCUGGAGGGACUCUCCAAAGACCUUCUCAUGCAGGAGGGGGCUCUGGUGAAACAGAAGUUCACCUGGGUGGAUGACCUGAUCUGCAAAGGCAUCCUGCACAACGCAACAAUGCGCAUCUUGGUCCGCAGAGAGUUAGAGAAACUGGUUGUGGACGAUGACGACUUGGUCAGAGAGGUGGUGGGAACCAAAAGGGAGGAAGGCAUAAUACUCACCCUACUGCUGUACUUUGAGGUCUGCCUUCCCACUUUUGCUGGAAGCCCCCUGAACCCUCAAGCAGCAGAGUUCAUCCCUGGUGAGAAACAGUGGGAGUUAGUCAGGGAGGCAAAGAGGGAUCCGGAUGGAGCCUGUCUCUUCCCCAUCUACCUGAAGGAUGACCUCAUAGUGUGCCACAAGUGGGGUGAGGACAGACAAGAUGACAUCAGUGUUCACUUGUACUUCCUUCCUGAAAUUCCUCACGGCUUCUUCCACAGAUUGAUCAUCAAGACGUGCUCCCUGUACUCGACUCACUGGGUGGGUAAAGAGCAGUGUCUCCUCUGCUGUGGAAACAGACUGGCUCUGGUGAAACUGAAUAAUGGAGAUGAAGAUCCGUUCAUAGAGAUACGCUGCAGGAGACCAGAGAAGGAUGAAGAGUUUCGACCACUGUGGGAUCUGAUCUUGGCGGUGAUGUCCAAGCUGUUUGUUCUGUCCAGGCAGUGGCCAGGACUGGCUCAGCAGGUGCACACACCCUGUCCAGAGAGAGGCUGUCCACACUACUUUCCCUGGAGAGACUGGCAGGAGUUCCACAACACUGACUUCUACAACCUUGUGAAGGAGGAGAAAUUAGUUUGCCAGGGAGGCCAUACACGACGGACAGAGCUGAUUUUUCCAAAACAUAAAUAAAUGUCUGCGUCAAUAUGUGAGGUAAAGGUGGAAACACAAAAGGAUGUGUGCUUAAAAUUUUAUUUUAAAUUCAUCAACAAAGCGUUUCCACUUCUGUUCCCACUUAGCAGGAUAAUAAAGGUGAGAGUUUUGUGACAUUUUGCAGUGUUAUCAAGUUUUUAACUUUGCGAUUGUUCUGAAAACCAAUGAAUGAGAUGUUUAUGUGGCAGGUUGAUUUUAUUUUAUUUUAUCUUUUGUAUCGCAGAAAAUGCUGCUUGUAUUUGAUUGCACAACUUACUGUACAUGACAGGGAACUGUUGGGUCUCUGUAAAUAAUGCUAUAAGGAGUUCGACCUAGACCUGCUCUAUUUGAAUUUUAUUGUCCUGAGAUAACUUGUUAUGAUUUGGCGCUAUACAAAUAAAACUGAAUUGAAUUGAAUUGAAUGACUAUAUAUAUUUGAAUCAAUAUGAGCUCUGGUGUUUGGGACUGAAUCUAUAAUAAAGAAGUAAAGAUGAAAAAUAGGGUCAACUACUGGGGAAAAGAGAAGAAAGUUGAAUACAGAAGGAAGGAUCCUUGGUUUCCCCCCUUUUAUACUUUCUGUAUACAAUACUGCCCUCUGCUGGUUCUCUCUGACAUGACUCCUUAAUGAUCCCAGUUCUUGUUAAAAAACAUGCCAACAUACUGCCUCAGAUGUGACUGUUUUGUUUGUGCGUUCGUUUUGAAGUGUAAGGACAAAUCUAACAGCUUUCAUUCUUAAAACUGUAAGGGAUUGUCUUCAUGAAUGAAUAAACC